UUUGAAAAUUUAAGACACAAUAUCUCUAUCACCUUUUCUAAACCUUUACUUGUUAAGAUGUCCAGCUUGUUGGAGCCUGCUGUUGUGGGCGGAAAGCUGGAACUGCGCAACCGCGUGGUGAUGGGGUCUAUGACGCGUAAUCGAUGCAUAGACAACAAACCAGGCCAGCCACAAGUCCGGCAUUACGCAGACCGAGCCGCCGACGGUACUGGUCUGAUUGUGGUAGAAGGUAUCUUCGUGGACUGGUCUGGUUGCGACUGGAGCUUUUCACCCGUCAUGAUUACCGAGGAGCAUUCAAAAGCAUGGCAACAAGUUGUAAAUGCUGUUCACGACAAAGGCGGCAAGAUCUUCUUCCAGGCAUGGCACUGUGGUCGUUGUCAACAUGAUCAGAUGCCCAUGAUGAAGGAGAGAAACCAUCCUGUUCUAGCUCCGUCGAAGAUCAAGGCUAAAGCGGGCAAGUAUCGCGAUCUGCCAGGUACUCCGGGGCACACCGACAACAUCACCGAAAUCGAAAAUCCUUCCGACGUGAUCGAAACGUAUCGUCACUCAGCGAAGCUCGCGAAGCGUUCUGGCUUCGACGGUGUUGAACUUCUAGCCCAGGGCGGGUAUCUCCCCCAGCAGUUUCUGAACUCGCGCGCAAACAAGCGCACAGAUGCCUACGGCGGGACAGUUGAGAACCGAUGCAGAUUUAUUCUGGAGCUUGUUGACGCCCUCAGCGAAGUCUUUGGGGGCCCGGAGUUUGUGUGUGUCAAACUCUGUCCAUCAGAUGAUGCCAACGACUCGGAGGUCACUUAUGAGGAGAUGAAGGAAGUCUACACCUUCCUUCUUAGAAGCCUUGUAGCACGCCGCAUCGGUAUAAUCAAUCUCUCGAGGCGCGGCACGGUGACCAAAGGGACGGAGGACUUUUUCUCCCGACACGACCGUCCCGAGGAUUUCCCACUACCUGCUGGAUAUGACCCGGUGCUCGACUUUGGGCCACUGGUGAAGUUCCCGGGAAGCCCAUCGCUGUUGAUGGCUAAUCAUGACUACACGGUUGAAGAGGCGAACCAACUCGUCACAGAGGGCAAACUUGAUCUGAUCACGUUUGGUCGACCUUUCAUCUACAACCCGGAUGUGAUCAGCCGCAUAAAGAACGGAAUCCCGUUUGCGCAAAACACUCGCGGCAAGGCAGUCCACUACGGGCCGUACAGCGACCCGAACGAGAACUACAACGACUGGCCUGCUGCAUUGACUCAAUAAGAGUUCAAUCUCCAAGUUAGAUGAAACGGUUGUUCUCGUCAAGCUGAAACAGGAGGAAAGAGGAAUAAGAGGUGUAACUGAGAGCUCGCGAUUUGACUGUAUCACUAUAGAAAACACUCAACGAC